AUGUCUGAAUUCGAUUUCGAUAAAUUUCUCGAAUCUCCUUGUGAUUUCAUUCAAGAAAGGAUUCAAGCAAGGACAGAUCUUCCUGAUUUUGGAAUUUCUGAAGAUUUAGGCAAUGUUAUUUCAAAUAAUCAAGGAAUUAUUAAAAAGAUUCCUCUUGUUACAAAUCUUUCAGAAGUUCAUAUGUGCCCACCAGAGAAACUAGUCCGUAUUAGAGCUGUUAUGCGAUCAUACAAUGAUAGAAUAGUUGUUCCUGGAUUAAUUGAAACUGCAAAUGGAAAUUAUUCAUAUCUUGCGCGAUCAAAAAUACCAGAAGAUAUGGUUGUUGAGGAUAUGCUAGUGAAUGAAACACCAGAUAUGAAGUUCCACGUUGCAGACGCAUCUCAGAUUCUUGUUGAGUUAAUUAAUAUUGAAAAUGAGUGGGUAAAAGAAUAUCUGAAAGAUCAAAAGCCAUCUGCCCCUACAAAACCAACCAAAUGCAAAGAAUGUCACGAUCAUUCUGAUGAACCAGUGUUAGUAUUAGUCAGAGACUUAAAUCAGAACGAGAAAUUAUUCAAACUAUCUAAUAUGGUUGAUAUCAUCGGCUAUUUCGAAGAACCUGUUUUAGAUGAAAGUGUUUCUCCAUUUUCUGCGAUUUCUUCAUACGUUCCAUCAUUCUGCGCAUUACAUACUGUCCCUGUAUCCUAUAUUUAUGACAAUAAAGUCUUGGAAAACGACCAAUUACAAAAAGGAAGGCAAUUAACUUUAGAUGCCUUGAAAACUGUAUUUGAUCCAAAGGCUGCCGAGCUUGUCCUUCUUUGGCUUGUGUCUAGAGUACGUUCUCGCGUUGGUGCACAGCUUGUUGGCUCUUUUUCUUUGAAUUUAUUUGGAAUUGAUCCAGAAAAAAUACCAGAAAUCAUUCAAUUCCUCCAACAAAUAUGUACAUCAGUAGUAUACUAUACAUGUUCUAUUGAUAAUUUGAACCAGAAGCAACUUAAACCAGUAAUUGACGAUGAAACCUACAAAAGCUCUCCAAUUUGGUCAUUUGAUAACAACAGAUACGUAUUUGAUGAAACACAGCUUACAGAAGGAAAUCUUAAUGAAGUUGGAGCAGAAAAUCUUCGUUUAAUAAACGAAUUGGUCAAUUUCCAAUCAAUGAAGAUCCAGCAUUACUACGAUAUCAAAGUAGAUGUUUCUUACCCAUCGCUUGUCCUUUCUACAACAAGAUCUUUAAUUGAUUGCGAUGUUCACGCUCCCUGUGAGCUCAGUACUGGAAAAUCUAUUAAUUUCAGCGAUGAAGAUAUCGCAUUGAUUCGAACGUAUGUCGAUCAAGCAAGAUUUAGCCAAGUUCACCUUGAUCAAAUUCCGAAAGAAAGUUAUGACUCAGCUGUUUCAAGAAUGGUCCAAAUAUUCCACUCAAAUCAGAAAAUGUCGCAAACAGACUUGAACAUUUUCAUCGAAAUCGCAAGUUUAAUCAUGAUUUCGAAAGGAUUAUCAGAUUUAUCAAAAGAUGUUCUCGAUGAAGCUGUGUCGAUAUUAGAAUUUGUUAUUCCUCAUAGAAAAUAG